ACUGACGGCCAAUCUGGCCGGGCCGGGGCGUGGUUGCAGCGGGUGGCAGCACAGCGGUCUUCCCAGCCGGGAGAGAGCCUGGCGCAGGCGGCGCGCGCGGGGCCCUGCUGUGCGCGUGCCCGCCGCCCCCAGCCCUCGCAGCCCCUCGGCCCGCUCCGCCCUCCGGGUCGUGGCUCCCGUCCCUCCUCGGCUCCGUUGUCGCCGCCCGGACAGGGCUCUAGACCCGGGCUGGGGGCAGGGGCAGGAGCGCGGGACGAGCGCCUGAGGUGCCGGGGAGAAUCCAUGGAGCUCGGCGGCAGGAAGAAGCUGCACGCCCUGUCCCUGGCAGAGAAGAUCCAGGUGCUGGAGCUCCUGGACGAGUCCAAGCUGUCGCAGUCGGAGGUGGCCCGGCGCUUCCGGGUCUCGCAGCCGCAGAUCUCGCGCAUCUGCAAGAACAAGGAGAAGCUGUUGGCCGACUGGUGCAGCGGCACCGCCAACCGGCAGCGCAAGCGCAAGCGGGAGUCCAAGUACAGCGGCGUGGACGAGGCCCUGCUCUGCUGGUACCGCCUCGCACGGGCCGGGGCCCGCGACGUCACGGGGCCCGCGCUGCUGCACAAGGCCAAGGAGCUGGCCGACAUCAUGGGCCAGGACUUCGUGCCCAGCGUCGGCUGGCUGGUCCGCUGGAGACGCCGCAACAACGUGGGCCCGGGGCCCCGCCCCACGCUCGCCCCGCCGCCCCCGGGGCUCACGGCCCAGCCCCAGCCACCUGUCGCCCUUGAAGACUUCUCCCCGGAGGACGUGUUCGGCUGUGCCGCAGUGCCCUUGCUGUACCGGGCGGUGCCCGGCGGAGCCAGCGCCUGCGACCGAGUGCAGGUGCUGCUGUGCGCCAACAGCAGGGGCAGCGAGAAGCGGCGGGUGUGGGUGGGGGGGCGCCAGGCUGCCCCGGCCUGCUUCUCUGGGGUCCGUGGUGAGGCGCUGCCCGCCUCCUACCACCCUGGGCUGGGCGUCCCCUGGGCACAGUGGUUGGCACGGUUCGACCGGGACAUGGGGCGGCAGGGGCGGCACGUGGCCCUACUGCUGGCGGCCCCCGUGGCGGACGCGGUGGCGGGCUCUUGUGGGCCGCACCACGUGAGGCUCCUGCCUCUCUCCGCCUCCGGCUCCACGCCCGCCCUGCCUUGCUCGGUGGUCCGGGCCUUUAAGGCCCGGUACCGGUACCGUCUACUGGGCAAGCUGGCCGCCGUCCGGAGCAGCGAGGCCGGCCUCUCGCUGGGCCAGGCCGCGGCGCGCAUCACGGUGCUGGACGCGCUGCACAUGGUGGUGGCGGCCUGGGCCCGGGUGCCUCCGCAGCUCAUCUGGGGCAGCUUCAUCCAGGAAGGGCUGGCUCCCUGCAAAACGGCCCCGGCCCCCAGCGGGGCCUGCGAGAUGGCCCCAGUCCCCGGCGGGCUGAGCCCCGAGGAGUUUUCCCGCUUUGUGGACCUGGAAGGUGAGGAUCCAGGGCCUGGAGUGUGCAAAGAGGAGGCGGGCGCCGAGGAGGAGGAGGAGGGGGCCGGGGAGGAGGCCCUGGAGCCCCCGCCCACCAAGGCCGAUGCACUCCGGGCCCUGGGCACGCUGAGGCGGUGGUUGGAGUGCAACGGCACCGGCCCCGAGCUCCUGGACCAGUUCUACGGCUGCGAGGAGGGGGUGGAGCGGCUCUGCUGCCUGUGAGGCGCCUGCAGCCCCCAGCCCUCCCCUCCUGUUUCCCAUGGAAACGCCCUCCCCAGAAGCCGGGGGGGGGGGGCGCCUCGCCCUUGUGGAAGGUGCAGGAGAGACCCCCGAAGCUCGUUCGGAACCCUGAGUUGAGCCCAAAGCUACGGCGUUCGGGGUUGGAGGCCGGGUCAUGUGGGCUUCUAAACCCCCGUUGGAAAGUUCCAGAGCCUUAGAGGGGCCGGGACUUGGGAAGGUGGAAUUGGGGCUUCACAGACAGGCGGACCCCUUGAAGCCUGCUCUGCUUCUUGGAAUA